AUGGUGGUGGCGGAGGCGGAGGAGGAGGACGACGAGGACGACGAGGACGAGGACGAGGACGAGGAGGAGGACGAGGACGCGUCGGGGACGGCGGGCCUCCGUCCAACCGUGAGAUUCAACGCCUGCGCCGGGCGGCAGAGCGGGCGGCCGCCCCCGCAGCAGUCCCCGGCUCCCCAGCAGCCGCAGCAGUUCCCGACUCCCCAGCAGCCGCAGCAGUCCCCGGCUCCCCAGCAGCCGCAGCAGUCCCCGGCUCCCCAGCAGCCGCAGCAGUUCCCGGCUCCCCAGCAGCCGCAGCAGUUCCCGGCUCCCCAGCAGCCGCAGCAGUCCCCGGCUCCCCAGCAGCCGCAGCAGUCCCCGGCUCCCCAGCAGCCGCAGCAGUUCCCGACUCCCCAGCAGCCGCAGCAGUUCCCGACUCCCCAGCAGCAGCAGCAGCAGUUCCCGACUCCCCAGCAGCAGCAGCCGCGGCAGUUCCCGGCUCCCCAGCAGCAGCCGCAGCAGUCCCCGACUCCCCAGCAGCCGCAGCAGAAUCGGUGGAAGUGGGGUGAGGAGGAGGGGGAAAAGGGGGAGGAAAACGAGGGGGAGAGGCUAAACCCUCGAGCCCUCCAGCUCCUUUCCCGGCCCGACAUCGACAUGGACCGUUCUUAG